UGAACUUUCAAGAAGAACAAGGAACUGAAGGAUGGUGUGGAUUUUACAGUCGACUGAGCUCCCUCUUUUGGAUCGAAAAGUUAAGCAUUUUUAAACACAUGAAAACAUGAAGUCAAGUAAUAGGAGUAGAGGGAAGUCCAGUGGACCGAAAAGGGAUGUACCAGUAACAAACACGUGGGAGAAUGCACCCAAGGUAUCACCAGAUAGUCUGUACUGCUGGACACCACAAGCCUCUACUGCCCUCAAGAUUCUUAUAUCUGCUCGUUUCUGUGCAGCUCUACUCAGCAACAUAUCUGACUGUGAUGAGACAUUCAACUAUUGGGAACCUACUCAUUAUAUAAUUUAUGGACAAGGAUUUCAGACAUGGGAGUAUUCCCCAGCCUAUGCGAUUCGUUCUUAUGCGUAUCUACUUCUACAUGCAUUGCCUGGAAGACUGCAUGCUCAAAUACUUGCUGCUAAUAAGAUCCUUGUAUUUUAUUUCACUCGAUGUGUGCUGGGUUUGUGCUGUGCCUUAUGUGAGUUGUACUUCUAUCGGGGAGUCUGCAAGAAUUUUGGGGCAAGCGUUGGACGUCUGACGUUAUGUUUCUCUCUGUUCAGUACAGGCAUGUUUAUAUCCAGUGCAGCUUUCCUGCCUAGCAGUUUCUCUAUGUACAUGACAAUGGUAUCUAUGGCAGGAUGGUACUUGGACAAUUACCCAGUUGCUAUAUUAGGUACAGCAGUCAGUGCGCUGGUUGGAUGGCCAUUUGCAGGAGCCUUAGGAAUUCCCAUAGCAAUUGAUAUCUUGAUUCGACAAAAACGACUUGCAACAUUUAUGAGGUGGUGCUUGGUGGCAUUGGUCUUCAUAUUGGUUCCCUUGGUUUGGAUUGAUUCAACAAUGUUUGGUAAACUUGUUAUUGCACCUCUCAACAUCGUCAUGUACAACGUGUUUAGCGACCAUGGUGCAAAUUUAUACGGUGUGGAGCCGUUUCAUUUCUACUUCAUCAAUGGAUUCCUAAAUUUCAACGUAGCUUUUUUCAUGGCUCUGGCGGCUCUUCCUUUUUCAUUUGCAGUGAACUGGUACGUGAAGGGUCGGCCGUUUGCUAGUUCUGAGCCUCUACCCCACUGGUUGACACUGAUGCCCAUGUACCUCUGGAUUGUUGUCUUCUUCGGUCAAGCUCACAAGGAGGAGAGAUUUCUGUUUCCCAUCUACCCAUUCUUCAUCUUAGGAGCGGCCAUUACAAUGUCUUCCAUACAGAAACUGUACCAUCAUCUCUUCACUCCAUACAAACCCCAACAUUACACAUGGUCUUCAAACUGGCUGGCAGCUACUGUUGCUGUGUUAUUUACUGUACUUUCUCUAUCAAGAUCAGCCGCACUCUUCUUUGGUUACCACACCCCUCUGGAUGUCUACCCUCUUCUAGGUAGUAUAGCUGAUGAUAAAGCAAUACAUACAUUACCCCCUGAUCGGCCCGUCAAUGUCUGCGUUGGUAAGGAGUGGUAUCGAUUCCCAAGUAGCUUCUUCCUUCCUGACAACUGGAGGUUACAGUUCAUUGAGUCUGAGUUCAGAGGUCAACUACCUAAGCAAUAUGGGCCAGGAGAAGAUGCAACUAGAAUCAUUCCAACAGAUAUGAAUGAAUUUAACCUGGAAGAAACAUCUAGAUAUCUUGACAUUUCAAAAUGCCAUUACCUGAUUGAUCUGGACCUACCCCAAGAAACACUGAGAGAACCUCGCUACUCCCGCAGAGAAGAUGAAUGGGAGAUCGUUGGUAGCAUGCCGUAUCUAGAUUCACAAAGGUCUCAUCAGUUCUUCAGAGCAUUCUUCAUUCCGUUUGUAUCGGGGAGAUACGUCAAGCAUGGUGACUAUAAUAUUCUGAAGACGAAACGAAGGAAGAUCAGCAAGAAGAAAACUGCUCCAAAAGAUGGUCCUACAGAGACGAAAUGAGCAUUCAUUAAAGGCACUGGACAGAAUUGCUCAAAAUAAUUGUUAGGCUUGGUAAAUGAGCAAUGGAGUUGAGCUGUUGAUAGUAUAAAACAUUGUGGGAAAUGGCUCCCUCUGAAGUAACAUAAUUUUUGAGCAAGAGGUAAUU